AUGACUACCAUGGAUCUCCGUGUUGGCAACAAGUACCGUAUUGGCCGAAAGAUCGGAAGCGGCAGUUUCGGUGAUAUCUACCUUGGAACCAACAUCAUUUCUGGCGAGGAAAUUGCCAUCAAGCUAGAGUCUGUCAAGGCCAAGCACCCCCAACUCGAAUAUGAAGCCCGUGUCUACAAGUCUCUUGCCGGUGGUGUUGGCAUCCCCUUCGUCCGUUGGUUCGGAACCGAGUGUGACUACAAUGCCAUGGUUAUCGAUCUCCUCGGACCCAGCUUAGAGGACUUGUUCAACUUCUGCAACCGCAAGUUCUCUUUGAAGACUGUUCUCUUGCUCGCCGACCAGCUUAUCUCUCGUAUCGAAUACAUCCACGCAAAGUCGUUCAUCCACCGUGAUAUCAAGCCAGACAACUUCCUCAUGGGCAUCGGAAAGCGUGGCAACCAGGUCAACGUUAUCGAUUUCGGUCUUGCCAAGAAAUACCGUGACCCAAAGACUCACUUCCACAUCCCAUACCGUGAGAACAAGAACUUGACUGGUACUGCCCGUUAUGCCAGUAUCAACACUCAUCUGGGUGUAGAGCAAUCCCGCCGUGAUGACAUGGAAUCCCUUGGAUACGUCAUGCUCUACUUCUGCCGUGGAUCUUUGCCCUGGCAGGGACUCAAGGCUGCUACCAAGAAGCAGAAAUACGACCGUAUCAUGGAGAAGAAGAUGACCACCCCCACUGAGGUCCUCUGCCGUGGAUUCCCCAACGAAUUUGCUGUUUACCUGAACUACACCCGUUCGCUCCGCUUCGACGACAAGCCUGACUACUCCUACCUCCGCAAGAUCUUCCGUGAUCUCUUUGUCCGCGAGUCCUUCCAGUACGACUACGUCUUCGACUGGACUGUCUACAAGUACCAGAAGAACGCCCAGGCUAUUGCUCAGGCCACUGGCAAUGCUGGCAACGCCCAGGACGAGGAUGAACGCCCACGCCGCCUUGCAAACGUUGGAGUCACUCCUGGCAACCCAGCCGUUCAGACCAAGCCCACGGCCAUGGCACCUCGCCGCAAAGUGAUGGAACGCGGAGCUUUCGACACCCCAGACACGAAUCGUGCAAUUGGCGGAAGCGAUAGGAUGUGA